GUUAUCGCCUGCACACUUUGGGGUCCUAUGGUAGAACUGCUGCUCACUUACAAACUGACCACAACAGAACCUAUUGUUAUGCUUCUGCAAUGCUGCAGAGCCAGAAAAUAUCAAGGUCAAGUGCACGUAUCCAAUAUGUUUAAUACGACAAAGGUCAUUCUGAACGGUACCGAGGAAGUGUUCAGUGACUUCAAGUCGAGGAUGGCUCAAAGGUGCGAGGACGGGUUAAGUUUUACGAUAUCUUCUGAUACAUCCAAUGAAGGCGACAUUAACAGUGGACAGAUUCAAUUGGUCACAAUUGAACAAAUCACAAGAAUGGAGGAAGAUGGUAAACAUUGGGUUUUCGGAGAGAUUGCUGGAAUAGAAAGUCACAAGGACUGGUCUUACGUUUCUUGCGUUGGAUGUAACCGCAAAGUGUCACCCAACGGUGACACUUUUCAGUGUAUAACUUGCAACACUUCUGAUGCAGUUCUGAGGUACAAGGUUAACGUAAGGGUGGUUGACAAAAUGUCACAUGCUUCAUUCCUGCUAUGGGACAGGGAGG